AAUACCUCUCUCCAGUUUCCCCAAUCCCCAGAUACGUAUCUCGAGUGAAGGUAGAAUUGGAUCCAGGUCUGAAUUUAUCAACCAAACUAGUCAGCAUUGAGGGGCCAUUGAACUAGGGAUGAACUCUCUUACCAGCAGGUUAUCAAAACCACUUUUUAACCCUACGAGGAUUUACCGUAAUAAAAAUUGCCCGUCCACCUACCAGGCUUCAAUAUUUAAUUAAUCCACCAACAACGCAACAAUACAAAAAAGAUUGGUUGGCGAAUUAGCCUUUAGCCUUUAGGCACAAAUACCCCAUCUCGUCGAACUCGGAUCAGAAUUAGAUGGCUGAGAGUGAGAGACAGAGAAUGAUCAGUUCUUCGGAGAUAUCCUCAAAGACAGCGUCUCUGGAUCCAGCGCUUCAUGCUUUUGGAUUUCAGAUGGAUGAAAUAUCGCCCAAGAGGUUGACUGGCCGUCUACAGGUGACCGAGAAGUGUUGUCAGAGAUUCAAGGUGUUGCACGGCGGGAUUUCAGCACUGAUCGCGGAGUCUCUGGCGAGCAUGGGAGCACACAUGGCAUCGGGAUUCAAGAGGAUCGCCGGAAUUCAGCUGAGCAUCAAUCAUAUAAGGAGUGCUAACCUCGGCGACCUUGUCAUGGCGGAGGCCAGGCCCAUCAACGCCGGAAACACUAUCCAGCCACAAGCAACCUCAUCCAAAUCAAUCCGAAUGCUGGACAAGUUGGGGUGGUAUUCUUUUCGUCUCCAUCUAACUUGUGGGUUGGUUAAAGGCAAAUGUAGACGUCAAUUUAUUAAGCUUGUGCCCGCUUCUUUUGGUUUUGUGGUUGGUGAUCAUGGAUUAUAGUGGUAAUUUUAUUAAUUAUAGAAAAAUAUGACAGUUGUGAAGCAUCCUCCCCUCAACAUGCUGAACUAAAGUCCAUUAAAGAAUGUGUUCUGGCUCUUUCAAGCUGGAAUUUUGACUGUGUAUUUAUUGAGAGCCAUUCUGCUUGUAAUUUCUUUCCUUUAUGUACCUUUACUGGGAGCUUCUAUUGGACUCACAAUGUAAGUAACCAGAGUUCCACUAAUAGGUAUUAUCUAUAUAUA